UCGUUAAUUUCAUUUGUUGCUGCCGUAUCCACCUUAAAAACCCCUCUAAAAAAAAUAAAUUGUACUUCUUCAAAAACAAAACGAAACGGUAAACAUGGUGGUGCCUGACAAUGGAGGCGGAGAAGGGUUAUGUUUGAGUUACUCGACGGCGUUUUCGAAGAAAAUGGGUGACGAGAUUACUCAAAUGGAGUCAAAUAAUAUCCUUGUGAAGGAAGAGCCAAUAGCUGAAAGUAGCGGAGAAGAAGAUAAUCAAGAAGCUUUGUUGAUCAAAGCAGUUAAAGAGGAAGAAGAGGAUGAUGAUGAUGAUGAUGAAACCGGUGUCGUUGAUGAUAUGAUGAACGGUGGGGAUUGUAACAACGUCAGCAAUAAUGGUUCGUCUUCUUCCAGUUCAUCUGUUGAUUUGCCGAAACCUAUGGAAGGAUUGAACGAGUCGGGUCCUCCUCCGUUUUUGAAGAAAACAUAUGAGAUGGUGGAGGAUCCGGUAACCGACCCGAUUGUUUCCUGGAGCAUUAACCGCAAUAGCUUCAUCGUUUGGGAUUCUUAUAAGUUCUCAGAAGAUCUCCUUCCUAAAUAUUUCAAGCACAAGAACUUCUCCAGUUUCAUCCGCCAACUCAACACUUAUGGGUUUAGAAAGAUUGACUCAGAUAGAUGGGAAUUUGCAAAUGAGGAGUUUCAAAGAGGAAAGAAGCAUUUGCUGAAAAACAUUAAGAGAAGAAGUAGAUAUAAUAGGCAACAACAAGGUGGAGUGAAUUGUGCUAAUAAUUCAACUAGUAAUAUUGGUUUAGAAGCUGAAGUUGAGAUAUUGAAGAAAGAUCGGAGUAUACUGCAACUGGAAGUCUUGAAACUGAGACAACAACAAGAAGAAUCAAAUCAUCAGCUGAGUGCUGUUCAUGAGCGGAUUCGUUUUGCUGAGUGUAGGCAACAACAAAUGUGCAAUUUCAUUGCUAAAAUAGCAAAGUAUCCCAGUUUUAUUCAUCGAUUGACUAAGAAAAGGAAGCAGCAAAAUAUAGAGAUUGAUGAAGGGGAGUUUAGCUUUAGCAAGAAAAGGAAGUUUCUUGAGACGCAAGUCACAAAGUGCUUGCCUGAGGCUAUGGGGAUGACCGACCUAAGUGUCAAGUGCAGGAACCAAGUUAAUGAAGAGAGAUUGAAAUCAAUACAAGCUGCUGAGAUCUCAAAGCUUUCGCCUGAUUAUACGGAGAAGAACAACAACCAAACCCUUCACGAUGAAAAGAGCAGUGAACCAGCAAUGUCUUCUGUUUAUGAUGUUAUGUCCGAAAAUCUACUAGGGGAAAGCUCAGGUGUUGAGAAUGCAACAAAUGAAGAGCUAUCAUCAGUGAAUGAUUCCAAGAUCUAUCUUGAGUUAGAGGAUUUAAUCAGCUGGAAGCAAUGUAGCUGGGGUGGUUUUACAAGUGAGUUGGUGGAGCAAACUGGCUGUGUCUAACCUAGAGAUCCACUCCUUACCAAAACAAAAGAAGGUGAAUGGUUGCUUUGGUUGCUGCCUUUCUUUCUUCAUCUUCAUCGAUAUACAUGAACAAGGCUCUUCCAUGAUUAUUUGUUGAAGGCAAUUUGGAGCUGAUGGCAACGAAUGUUUCAUUAUAAACCAGUGAGAGUGUCAUAGAAUGUUCAUAUAUAGCUUUCUGUAUUGUCCUUUUCUUUUUCUUUUUUUCCUUUUUAAGGUUGUAAAAAUUUCUACACUAUACUCUGUAAAUACAAACAAUCUACUCUUUUUCUCA